ACAGCACUUCCAUUACCUUGGUGUUGCAAAAAGUGUGUGGUGAAAGCCAACGGUGAAUUUACUUCUGUCGGGAAAUACGUAAAUUAGACAAGGAAGCGUCUCUUUGUUCGUUUGUUUUUUUUGUUGUUGUUUUUUUUAAUUGGCUAAAACGAAAUCGAAAAUCUAUUUUCCCCAGAAAUGAACGUAUGGAUUGGAAUGUGUUUGUCCGGAACUUUUCUGUAUAUAAAGAGCUGUUCGAUACCGGUCAUAGUAAACAGCUCAAGUUGAACUUGGAUUGCUCAGGUCAGAGCUCGUACUAUUUAUUAAAAUAAUAAUAAUAAGGCCAGAGGUGUUUAUUAAGCAAGACAGACAAAAAAAAGUUUAAUAUAAAUCUUCAAAGUUUUAAAAUGUUUCUAACAUUAAAAUCUCAUAAAUGUUACGUUUUAAAUAUGUAUAUGUAUAUGGUUUAGAUGUAUAUAUAAAAACACACAAAAGCAUCAAAUAAAAAAAAAAUCAAGUUAAAAUUUUGAUAACUUGCGAGAUAUUUUAACAGUUCCAAGUAAAGAUCUACUAGAAAUUGCAGACACAGAUCGAUAUGUGUAAUGUCUAAACGUCGAUUUAAGUCAGGGAAACGUCCUGUCAUAGUUUAAUUCAUUACUUAUACAUUCCUUUAACCGAAUCGGGUGUUCUUCUUACAGAGUACUCUCUCUUUGUUUAAACGAGUAGCCAGCCAAUAGUUAACAAGCAUGGAUUUCAGAUUUCUGGCAGCGCUCUGCUCUAUGUUCACGGUAAGUGAGAUUUUUUUUUGUUUUUUUUUUUUUUUUUUUUUCUUUAAUUGUGUUUUUUUUUUUUUUUUUUUUUUUUUUUUUAAAAAUAAAUGGAAGUAUUUUUCUUUAAAAGUUGCGCCUGAUAUUUCAAUUGGUGGAAUCUUAACAUAUCAAGCUGAUUCUGACUAUGUUUGUAUAUAUUUUUGUAAUUUAGUUUAAUACUUUAUAUAAUUUUUUAAAAUGUUUUUAAAAAUGGAACACGACCAUAUUUGACAUGGUAAUACCUUCCUUACCUACACGUUGUUCCUGUACAUUUUGGUGAUAGUCCCUUUAAGACCAAAGCUGUAAUUUAAAAAAAAAAAAGUUAAAGGUACAGAGUAAAAAGUUGUUAAAAUGUUACUCCCAAAUUGCUUGAAAAUGACCCCUUUUUAAGUUUGUUCCGGGUAAAUUUUUAUGUUGCACGCAUUUAUAGAAAUCCUUUAAUCAGAAAGGUACUAUUUAAUUAAUAUAGUUGGUUUUUUUUUUUUUUGGUGCGCUUUAAAGAUACAAUAAAGGUCAUUUUUUCAAAUUUUGGUAGCCCUAUAUCAACGAAAUACAAGACAAUACAAUAUGAUGAUUUAAAAAAAAAAAUCUAUUUCACUGUCGGGGUGAAGAGAUCGUGGGACACUAGAUAAGAUUUUGUUUAAUUUUCAAGGCGUGAGAAAAUGAGAAAAGGGGUUUUUUUUUUUUUUUAGUGCGAUUUAAAGAAAAAAUAAAGGUAAUUUUUUAAAAUUUUGGUAGCCCUAAAUCAACGAAAUACAAGACAAUACAAUAUGAUGAUUUAAAAAAAAAAAUCUAUUUCACUGUCGUGGUGAAGAGAUCGUGGGACACUAGAUAAGAUUUUGUUUAAUUUUCAAGGCGUGAGAAAAUGAGAAAAGGGGUGCCACUGCGUACGCAGGGUGCCAAGGGAAGAAACUGAUCUAUUGCACUUUUAGUCAUGUUUACAACCAAUAGGUUAUACUUUGACUUACCAUAAAGUUAAGCGUUGAAACGGGAUCCUCUUGAUGAAAAAUGGAGUCAGCGACGUAACUUGGGGGUGGGGGGGAUGAGCGAAAUGGGGUCGACCACCCCGGAUGGCCCUUGAAGUUUUUUUAAGUUACCAACGAUUUAUUAAAGAUUUUUUUGGGGUUGGGGGCGCAAUGCGAUGAGCUCAAACCGAGUGAGAUUUGGAAAAGGCGCUUCAUCGGUAUGUUUUAUGUGUUCCACGCCAUUCUAUUUAGAUUUAUUCUUUGUUUACAGUUUUCCAAAGAUCAUUUGAAAUGGUUGUUCUAUCAAAGGAAUCUCCGUUAAAUCAACGAGGUGGUGCAAGGAAAUGCACAUUAAAACCCAUAAAAAUCUUAUUUAUCCGUACGUAAAUGGUAAUUUUUAAUUACUUGUAAGUUUUAAAUAAUAAACAAAAAUAACCCUCAAAAAGAGUUCAGAUGUCCGCCGUGUAUCUUUCUGAUUUCUGGUUUGAUAUUGAUUUACUUUGAAAAGGUGAACAUUUCUCAGUAUGGCUGUUGUACCACACGCAUUUCUAUAUGAAUUCAUACUUAGAACAGAUACUUCUUUAUGUGGAUUGAUAGUUGUUACCAUUCAUUAUUGAGCUCGUAGGAGACCGAGGUUCCCAAAUUAUGUGGGUUUUUUUUCUUAUAAGAGUUAUAUAAAAAAUACAAUGAAUAAGAUAGAAAUAAUUUAUACUUGUUAAAUAUGAACUUAAAGAUCGUGAGGGUUUUUAACCUUAGAGCCUGGUGUCCAAUAAGUUCCUUUUGAAUCCAUGGCCAUAAUGUAAGUACCUGUAGUCUUGUACAUAAACAUAAGUUCUGUGUGAAUUCGUGGAUGUUUAUGCCAAACGUGGCCGGCGUACCUUUUAUAUUCCAUAUUGUAAUAUGGUUGGAUUCUAAAUUAAUGAUAUCCUAAAACGACAAACUCGUUACAAUAAUUUUAUUUUAAUUUAAAAAAAAUAUCUAUACUUCAAGCAUUUUUUAAAAUCUACUUUAAUAUAAUAAGACAAUAUUUUUUCAACAAAAUUUUGUUCAUUGUGAAAAAGUAAAGGCUCUAAUUUUUUAAAAACUCUUUUUGUUGCCAGCGAUCACAAGAGUUGAUAUUUAUAAGGGAACAUCAUUUGCAAAAUCGGAUUUCAAUGAGAUAAAUUUUAAAAGUUACUUAAAAAUUUUAUCUGUUCGAUUUUUAUAGAGCACGCAUCUUAGGAAUAGGUUUGUUCCGUGUAUCCCAUUCUAUUUCAAGUGCUUAACAGCCAAAGUUUUGGCAUUGAUAAAUAUUUCAUUUCUUUUUUAAUAAGACAUCCUUUAAACCAUAUUUAAACUCAAGGCUCGCGGGCAACAUCCAGCCCGCCGUAAAAUUAUAUCAGGCCCGCGAGGUCUUGACUUAAGUGCACUUAUAUCCAAGUCAACGUUAUGGUGUUUCCAAGUGCGUACUUUGCUGAAAAUCUUAGCCUGCUUCGCGCCGAUUUCACACGUAGCUUUAGUGAUUUUGAAGCACAGAAAUGUAAUUUCGAGCAGUUUCGUUACCCAUUUUUGAUAGACGUGGAAAGAGCAUCUGUAAAUUUGCAGAUGGAGCUAAGGGAGGUGCACUUUAAUGGGACACUAUAGGCAAAGUACGACACAGUUGGGCCUGCACAGUUGACUAUUUUCAUUCCUGAAGAAUUGCCCCAGCCUAGUCUACAUGCGGCUCGAACCAUGAACGUGUUUGGUAGCACAUACAUGUGUGAGCAGCUGUUUCCUGUGAUGAAGAUUAAGAAAACAUCACACAGGAGUCAUCUCAAUGAUGAACACUUGCAGUCCAUCAUGAGAAUCUCAAUGACAGAGAACGUUACUCCCAACAUAAGCGAUAUUACUUUCUUUUGUAGCCAAAAAAAAUGUGCCAAACAUCCAGCUCUGAAAAACUGGCAUAAGAACGAAUAUGGGAAUAUCAAUGGUUUUAAUUAAUAGAAGAAUUUUUUUCUGUUUUCAUUAAUUUAAUUUUUUUUUUUUUAAAAAAAAUAAUUUUUCUCUUUUUUAAUGUUUAUCCCCCUAGGCCCCCAACCUUACAUUUAAUUUUAGUUUUUCCCCCCCCCCCCCGAACGAUUGAGUUUGACACCUCUGUUUUAAACUGUAAUUUAGACUUUGAAUCAAUAGCUUUUGACUGGACCAAGCUUGAAUAUCAAAUGAAACGGACUGGGCCCCAAUUUCAGUGUAUACAAGAGUUAUUAUCAAUCUUGCGUUUUUGUGUGUGUGUGUCUGUUCAAUUUAGAUUGGAACUUAAGUGUGUCACAAUCAUGAAACGCGUUAAGCAUUUUUUCUUCUUCGAAUGCAGACCCGUGAAACUCCGGGUAUAUUAGCUAGUCAAAAAUAUAUUCUUCGGUCUGUUUGACGUCUGCCAUAUUUGACACAACUUGAGUGAACCCAACGUUGUCAGCUGUGAGGGAAGCUGGUUGUCAACUCCUACACGUCUUCUUGGAUUGAUUACAUUCGUCAGUUCUUAUUCAUACGUUGAAGCGUCGUACUAUUCUCACUAUCAGUUAACAAACUCAACUCCUUUACAUAAUAACUAUAACUUUAAUAUCUAAGUAAAUAUAAUACACAUCCUAUCACUUCAAGGUUCCACUCAAGACUGCCCCACGACUACAACAUACGUCACAACACUGCAUAGACAAUACGUCACGACUCAGCAUAAAAAUACGUCAUAAAGACAAUGGCGGGAAGAGCGUUCACUAACUAUAAUAGUCAAGCGCGGGAAAAGCGUUCAACAACUAAUGAACAUAAUAUUGAGUCGCAACAAUUCCUAAUGAACGCUCAUACUCGACACUGGUCGCGGGUUAAAAAAAACAACUUAAGGUGUGCUUUUGAAGUACCAAGGGGGCGAAAACUAAAAAAUGUAAUAUCAUUCCAAUCCUUUUUCAUAAAAAAACUUAUUCGAGAGAGUAAUGAUUAAUUAUUUUCAGGUGGUUACAGUGACCGCAGCUCAGAGAGAAAGGUCACGUGACAUUACAUGGACAAUAGACGAAACGUUCUUUAUGUCGAGGGAGCUGCUGGACCGCUACAAGCGCAUCAUCGUGCAGAACAGGAGUGGUGACGUCAUCACCCACUGGAGGGACGGUGGGUUUUGGGUGAACUUCACGAGUUCAAAAAAACGGUUAUAUCUUAAACCCGGUAAAUCGUUUCUGGUUUCAAUGUCCUGACUUGGGGUUUCGCUCAGACAAAGGACGUUACCCGUUUUCAACAACGACCAUCAAGGGCCAUAAUGCGAGGCUUAUAAAUAUUUACCACAGAGAAUUGGUGGGGUGGGAUUUUUAAAGAAAAUGUCUCGUAUGGGGUGGGGAUGGGUUGGAGGAACAAAUGAAACCAUCAGUGCUCAGAAGGAGUGUUCAUAUGCUUCUACAUUUUAAGUGCCAACGAUCAAUGUAUGGAUCAUUCUCGCUCCUAUGUAUGUAGAGGGGAUUUGCAAUGUUUCUGUGCCUGGUAUUUCCUGUCUGCAAGGGCCAAUCAGUGAGAGUAUCAUGAACUGCGGGGUGGCAGGCCUGAGGCGAUGGACGCAAAUGUGUCAAGUGGUGCCUCAACUGUUCCUUUUGGAGGCGUGUUCCAGUCCCUGAUUUUUUAUUUUGGCAGGAAGUUGCAGUUCCUGUACUGUGUUCUUGCUUUUAUAUGUCGUAAAUGCCUGUCACCGCAGUAUGUGGGAGAGAGGGACGAGUUUCUGUUUAAUGCUGGAGCAGUGGACCAGCCUAUUAUUGAUCUUGUUCAUGAUGGGAGCCUGGAUAAUCGUUUUCGUUAGUUCAAUGGUUACCAGUCGAGUGUUUCGAGCAUGCUGCCAACACUAGAGGUGAAAUUAGAUGAAAUUCAAUGUCGAUAUCUCUGAAUUUUGUGUAAUUAACAAAAAACAAAUUCCAGAUCUUGUGAUUUCUUCCUGCGAAGUCUAAACCAUCGUCACAUUGUGACGGAUGGAUGCAAGUAAAAAAAAAAAAAAUAUUUCAGAUAAAAUGUAAUUCUGUUACUAUAAUAUGACACUUAAUGUACAAAUGUGUUUUAUUAUCUAAAGCUGCUGAUCGUGCUUAACGUUAGGCAAAUAAAACAACCAAGUCUUUUUUAAAAAAUUUAAAAAAUCUUUCCGUGUCCCUUUAGGCGAGUCGGACGCUCUUGAGGCCAACGUGACGCACACCUGUCCAUGGUCGUACGUGAGUGUCACCAACGAGAACAGGACUCCUAGGACUCACCUGGAGGUCAAGUGUCUGACCAAAAGAUGCUUAUCCUUUUCCGAGAGGGAAUUUGUUCCAAAUGGUAAGAUAUUACUUGUUCCCAACUCAUAUGUCGCAACCCUAAAUGGGAUUCUGGGUUUCUUCUGUUGGGGGGGGGGGGNUUUAGAUAGUUCAUAUAAUAGUUUCACAAUACUGAAUCUAUUUGAGGGUUCAAUCUCGUACCGUACUGCAGUCUCUUCGCUUCUAUGUCAUGGUGUCUCGGCUCAGUUUUCUCCUACAAAAGGGGUUCGCUCCUGUACAAACGUUUUUGAACCUAUGAACCUAUAAAACCUAUGAACCAUAGCACGAUUUAUGUUCUAUUUAACAUUUUAAAAAUUGGACACGUAACAUAUUAAUUUUUAUGUCCCCCCCCCCCACCCUCCUUCCAACCAACAUUCUUAGAAAAGAAUUAUUGCUGUUAUACUUUCAUGGUUUAUUUUACAGAACCUACGAAUGAUUCAAUCUUGAACUACUCACUUCUUCUAACUACUACACUGGCUUGCGAUUUGAAUUAAUUUGCCUAAAUCUAUCACUUAUCAUAAAUUAUAAACCUGAGGAUAGAUUCAUUUAUUUGUUUUUAAGGAGAGACACUCUAAUUUAGUCGGCUCCUUAAUUGUCAUAGGAAUUUCAAGUUUGAAAGGAGAAGAGCAUGUCUGCUAAAAAAUAGUCAAGCUAAUUUCAAUUUUGAAGUCAUGUUGGUUAUUAUUAUAUAAAAUAAAUGCAAUCAUAACUUAAUUUUCAGUGACAACAUGUGCGCAUGUGAACCAGCACAAUGACAUCAUUUUUUUUAUAAUUUGAAAUGAAACCAGUUUCACCAAAAUACUAUGUUAUUUCUAGAGUAUUCUCUUGUCAAGCUUUGCAAUGGUCAUGUGUGCACAGUUUCUGCGUAUUUACGGAUGUCCUUAUGCUCCAAUUUUCUUAUAAAUGCUUCUUCAAUUAAAAAAAAAAUUAAUAGUGCUGACAAUUUCAAUGUUUCUCCCAUUCAGGCCGGUUGCUGAAGCCCAAACAAAGGAUGACCUACGAGUCUAAGGGUUGCUGCUCCCAGGUUUUUGCCGCCAAAUGGGUGAAGGUCCGGCAGUCGAUGAAAAAUGGAGAGGUGAAGGACGUCAAGCGAAUCCUUCCCGUGGCCGUGGCUUGCACCUGCUCUUAUGAACCGACCCCAAAACGCAGAAAACAUCAAUAGAUGGAGGAUUUUCACUUAGGCAUAGAAGAGCAAAAGAUGUUGAUUUUUUGGUUGUAUUUUUUGGUGUGUUUUCAUGUUUCCUAUAUGCCACUUGUUGAAUUUCAUCAACAGUAAACGAUUUAAGUAUUUAAUAUACGCGAAUACAAAAUGUGGCAAGGACUGUAAACAAAUGUAUGCUAACAUAUAACUUGUAUCAAAAAAGUUUUUUUUAAAAGUAAAACCGCAUCCAUUUUGUUUCUGUGCCAACCCACUCACCCCCAUGCCUACUCCCCAAGUAAAAAUUAAAAAAAAUAUAUAUAAUGGCCAUGGCCUCAUACAAAUUCACUUAUUUAAAAAAUCCAUGAUAACUGCAACUUAAUGGGACAACUGCACUAACAUGUUUUUUUUUCAAAUUAAAAAAAUAUAAUUAUGCAUUAGUUGUCAUUACUUGAGUAAAAUCUUAACCAACAAAAACGCAUAAAAGCAAAAUAUUCAUUUCAUUAUUAAAAAAAACAAAACAAAAAAAACACAAUAAUAUUGAUAUACCUCACGGUAUGAUCUCACUUUGUCUAAAUAAUCAUAGAAGAAGUAGACUUAAAAUUAAAUGAAAACCAGCUAAGACAAAUCUAAAAAAAAAUCAUUCGUUAUUCGAAAUUAAAACCAAAUUACAUUGUCCUGCAAGACUCCAGUAAUUUUUUUUUAAUUGACUGAUAAAAAUAAAGUAAUAAUAAUAUAAAAAAAAAAUUGGUGUGAUUUGGUCAACGACCUUCACACACCGAGAAUUGAAUUUUAACAUUGAUUUUUAACAUCUGGAUGAUAUGCUCGUGGAUAAUUAAAAUGUGUCGCUAUUUAACUUCAGUAACAUAUCCAUGUCCAUUUCCACGGAAACCAUUGUCUAAAUCAGUGUCUCUAUUGUGAUCUUACAUCAAAUAACAGCUUUGUACGACAUUUUUUUGUGUGCAUAUAAUUUGUAACUAUAAAACGUUAUGGCUCUCCAGCGAUCUACUACCAAGUCACGUGAAGGAAAAUGUCCCAUCAAAUAUCUUUAUUAUCCUGAUGUUUAAUUUUCUUUACAAUUAAACGUUGAAUAAUCUCAUUGACCUGGCAUCAUGUUAAAUAUCAGGUAAAUCAAUUUACAAUGGCAUUUUUUUUCCUUGUACUUCUAAAUGUUGCGAAAUAAUUUGGUUAAAGUCACUGUCCUUUUAAAGUAAUCGAUUCUGAGAAAUUUGUUGACAAGCUAAGACAAAUUCAUCACUAUAAGAUAUCUGGGUUUUUUUGUUUGUUUUUUUUUUUUGUUUUUUUUUUGUAAACUG